GAGUCACAGCAGCCUUUAAUGGACCAAAAAAGAGGUUUUUGAAGUCAAAAGCUUCACCCUUCGCCCCCAAUCUUUUGCGUUCUUCUUUUUUUCCCUUCGUAUACCUCCCUCUUAUCCCAUUUUCCCCUUUUCCUUCAAUAGUUCGACUCAGCCUGCCUAAAGGAUCUCUGUCUCUACUCUGCUGUUCGAUCUAUUGUUUAAUUUUCCAUUUCAAGAAAAACCCACAAGCAUUUUUACCAAGAGAGAAGAACCCGAACCCGCCAUUUAUUUUGUUCUUUUUUUUUUCUUGGUUUUGUGUUAGUGGUAAGAGGACCAAGAUGACUAGCAGAAAAUCUUGAUUAAAUAGAAGGUGGUUUGUGUAAGUUGGAAAAAAGUUGCUCUUUUUCUGUUUUCAGAGAUGCGGGAGGUGUGGAUUAUCUUUGUGUUUCUUGGCUUUUCAUUGCAAGCUUUGGAUGUAAGUUCUCAGAAUGUUACGUGCAACCCAAAUGAUAUGAAGGCAUUAGUGGAUUUCUUGGGUGGAUUGGAUUCAAGCUCAAGAAUUGUGGGUUGGGAUGCAAAUUCAUCCUCUCCCAAUUGCUGCAACUGGGCUGGAAUUAGAUGCAAUUCUUCCUCAGGCAGGGUCGUGAAGUUGGAGGUUCCUCAGAAAAGGCUAUUGGGAAAGUUGCCUGAGUCUCUUGGCAAUUUGAGUGAGCUUAGAACACUCAAUUUGUCCAAAAAUUAUCUCAAAGGCUCAAUACCUUCGACACUCUUACACUUGCCUAAUUUAGAGGUAUUGGACUUGAGCUGCAAUGGAUUUUCUGACUCGUUUCCAAUGAGCAUCAGCCUGCCUUCAAUUCAAGUCUUCAACAUUUCAGAGAAUUCAUUUCGCGGUCCAGUUCCUGUGGGAAUUUGCAAUAAUUCAACCAAACUUCAGGCCUUAAAGAUGGGAGCUAACAAAUUCAGUGGAAAUCUUGCACCAGGACUGGGGAACUGUACUUCUUUGGAGGAUCUUUGUCUUGCAUCAAAUUUUCUUUCUGGUGGUUUACCUGAAGAUUUGUUUCAUCUGUCAAAACUGGAGAGAUUGACCCUUCAGGAUAACAAAUUUUCAGGGAACUUGAAUGCCAACAUUGGUAACCUCUCUAGUCUUGUUUACCUUGAUGUUUCCUUGAACGAAUUCUCAGGCAAUUUACCUGAUGUUUUUCUUCGCUUUGGGAAGUUAAAUUACUUCGCAGCUCAAUCGAAUAAAUUCAUUGGUAGAAUUCCUAUGUCAUUGGCAAAUUCCCCAACUGUUGCUACGCUUAGUUUGAGAAAUAAUUCUUUAGGUGAUACACUUGAUCUUAAUUGUGCUGCAAUGACUAGUCUGGUUUCACUUGACUUGGGUACUAAUCAGUUUCGUGGAGCAAUCCCUGAUAAUCUUCCUACCUGCCCACAAUUGAGAACGAUAAAUCUAGCAAAAAACAGCUUCACUGGCCAAAUUCCAGAAACCUUCAAGAAUUUUCAGACACUUUCUUACCUUUCCAUAUCAAACUCGAGUAUUUAUAACCUGUCAUCUGCUCUUGCAACUUUGCAGCACUGUAAGAACUUAACGACCUUGUUUCUUACUCUAAAUUUUCAUAAUGAGCAGUUGCCAUCUGAUUCUGCUCUGCAGUUUACCAACCUUCGAGCUCUUGUCAUUGCAAAUUGUAAACUCACAGGUACUAUUCCCCUGUGGUUGACUAAUUCUCAGAAGCUGGAAGUGUUAGAUUUAUCGUGGAAUCAGCUUGAAGGAGCAAUUCCAUCCUGGUUUGGGGGUUUUCAGUUUCUAUUUUACUUGGACUUGUCCAAUAACUCUUUGACUGGGGAAAUUCCGAAGGAACUUGCUCAAUUGAAGAGUCUCAUUUCUAAGAGUAAAACAUUGGAUAAGCCUCCUCCUGAUCUCCCAUUUUUUGUGAAGAGAAAUGUAAGUGCUGGAGGGUUACAGUAUAAUCAAAUUUUGAGCCUUCCCCCAACAUUGGAGCUUGGAAAUAACUUCCUCACUGGACAAAUUUGGCCAGAGUUUGGGAAUUUGAAAAUGUUACACUUUUUGGACCUGAAGUUUAACAAUUUAUCAGGCAUCAUUCCAAGCGAAUUGUCAGGUAUGACGAGCAUUGAAUGUUUGGAUUUGUCCCAUAACAAUCUGUCUGGAGCAAUACCCCCUUCUUUAGUAAACCUCAGCUUUCUGUCAACGUUUAGCGUUGCGUACAAUAAACUCUCUGGGGGGAUCCCAAACGGAGGCCAGUUUCUAUUGUUUCCAACAUCAAGCUUUGAAGGGAACCCAGGUCUUUGUUCUGAUUCACACAAUACUUCUUGUCCUACCGGCAAACAAGUUCCCCAUGCAUCAGUUAGAAGAGCAAAGACACCCAGAAGCACUAUAAUUGGCAUGGCAAUUGGGAUUGGCUUUGGAAGUGUAUUUCUUAUUGCUCUCUUUCUCUUGAUUGCUUUAUGGUCUAUCAGGAGGAAAGCAAUUGAUCCAGAAAAGGAGGGUGAUGACUCAGAGAAGGACUUGGAAGAACUUGGGUCGAGUCUUGUGGUUCUUUUCCAAAACAAGGGUAGUAGUAAAGCAAUUUCACUUGAUGACCUUGUAAAAUCCACUAACAGUUUUGAUCAGUCAAACAUUAUUGGUUGUGGUGGCUUUGGUUUGGUGUACAAGGCCAUUCUUUCUGAUGGUAGGAAGGUUGCGAUCAAGCGGCUUUGUGGAGAUGGUGGACAGAUGGAUAGAGAAUUUCAAGCGGAAGUUGAAACACUCUCAAGAGCACAGCAUCCAAAUCUGGUUCUUCUUCAGGGUUAUUGCAUUUACAGGAAUGACAGGCUCCUAAUAUACUCUUAUAUGGAAAAUGGAAGCUUGGACUAUUGGCUUCAUGAAAAAGUCGAUGGGCCUUCCUCCUUGGAUUGGGAUUGCAGACUUCGAAUUGCUCAAGGUGCUGCUAGAGGGCUCGCUUACUUGCACCAGUCGUGUGAGCCUCAUAUCCUUCAUAGAGAUAUUAAGUCUAGUAAUAUUCUCUUGGAUGAGAAUUUUGAAGCUCACCUAGCUGACUUUGGUCUGGCGAGGCUUAUUCUUCCGUAUGACACACAUGUGACUACUGAUCUUGUUGGGACAUUAGGUUACAUUCCUCCUGAAUAUGGCCAAGCUUCAGUUGCAACCUACAAGGGUGAUGUGUACAGUUUCGGGGUUGUUCUGUUAGAGCUGCUUACAGGCAAGAGGCCGAUGGAUAUGUGCAAGCCAAAAGAAAAUCGGGAUUUGAUUUCUUGGGUUAUUCAACAGAAGAAGGAUAAAAGGGAAACCGAAGUUUUUGAUCCAUUUAUUUAUGAAAAAGAACAUGCUGAAGAAUUGUUGUGGGUUCUUGAGAUCGCUUGCCUUUGCUUGAGUGACUCCCCCAAAGCAAGGCCUUCUACUCAGCAAUUAGUUUCUUGGCUCGACAACAUUCAUUCCCCACCCAGCCUGUACUUGUGCUAGUUGGUAGUUGUUCUCCAAUGGUGCCAGGACCAUCUUCUUAGAUUUCUCUGAAGAGUCCAUGGUUGCUCUUCCUGGAUUUCUUCUUAUACAGCAUUAUAUCCAUGUAAAUACCUCUAUACAUAACAUGCAAUGUAAUACUCGAAAAAAUAGGGAAUCUCAAACCAUGGGAUUGGAACUCUUAAUUCAUGCCUAGUAAAGAGUGUUGCUUGCCUGCUUGCCUUCCCAAUUAUCUGAAAGAAUUCAAGAAAUUGUACAAGUUCGUUCUGGAUUAUGACCUCUCCUGUCAGGAUCAUUAUUACAUAGGGGAAAGUACAAGUUCAUUUCUGCAUGAUGUUAUUGAUUAUAUGCUUUUCACUUGAUCUCAAAUUUGUGGUUUCCACUUUUAGCAGUGUCUGGAAGGGCACCUAGCCUUUUACUCUUUUUUUUUUCUUCUAUGUUUCUCUAUUCCAUGUAAUCCUGUGUGUCUGUAUCUCUAUGUAAACCCUCUCCAAAUGUCUAUGUAAAUCCAUGUGCAUGGAGUUGUAGCCUGGCUUGAGCUUCAUUUUA